AUGGAAAGUGUAGUGCAGCGGGAAGAUCCAUCAGUAGAUGUGGUUACUUUGGAAACUCCCAAUUUGGUAUCACUAAUUGGUACCAAUUCAGCUACAUUACCUCCGGAUUUUCCAUCAACAGCUGAAUUGAUGCAGAAAUGUCUUACGGUUAACCCAUUCGAAUUGAAAUUUCGUGAAGCAAAUCGACGUAUCAGUCAGUGCAGUGAAGAACUUCUUGAACAGAAUGGACUUGUUCCGGUGACGCUGUCAUUACCAACAAGUGGCGGCAUAACCUUGCUGAAAUUGCCAUCAUCUUUGGCCCAUUCUCCUGGUAUCUUCUCAAAUAUCAAUGUUCUUUCAGCGGAUUUCGAAAGUGAUGGGUUAAAAAGUGCUGACUUAUCGCGUCUAGUGCAACAGAUGAAAGAUAAUGGCGGUUUAUCAACGCAGAACUCACGAACUGGCGAAGACACCGGACAGGCACCUCGAACCGCUGAUGUACUUAAUGCUGUUCUUGAUAUGCAUUCUGAUAGGUUGGGGACGCUUGGCUUUCUUGGUACAACUGUCACUGCCACGCCGCCUUUGAAAGGACCAUUGGGAUCAAUCUUACCGACAUCCUCAUCUGUUCCUGUAGCUCUUUGUUCUGAUCCGCCUAUAAUAGCGUCAUCGACAUCGUGUACUGCAAAUGUUGGUGGUCCUGAAUGUACAUCCACUUUGCUAUCAUGUUCGCCGUGUUCCUCGGAAUCAGCUUCUUUAACACCGCUAAUUUCUGCUAUAAAUAGUCCUGUUAUCAACGCACCAGGGAAUAUUUCAAGACCUGGAAGUUCUGCAUCAGCUCAAACGCCUAAAAAGAGAUUAUCAGUACGGGCAGCAGCAGCUGCUGCGGCGGUAGCUGCACCAGUAAGUGUUGCGCCAGUAGUGUCAGCACCUUUUCUAGGUGUUGUUGGAUCACUUUUGCCAGCAACGAACAUUGAGGAGCGAAGUGAUGUAUCGCAAAUUUCGAAUUCGCAGUUAUCACCGACUGAUCAUUGGGAUUCUCGUGAUGUGAAACCAGUGAUUGUUGGAAAAAAUCCAUCAUCAUUACAGAAUCAGCAAUAUUUUGAUCACGAGGAGGUCAUUUAUCCGCGGGAUGAACAGCGUAAACACGCGGAAACAUUGGCAUCAACACCAAGGAGCAAAGAAGGUGGUAUAUCUCGUUCUGCAACUACUUCAACAUCAUCACAUCGUGGUGGACGAGGACGUGGUCGUAGUUCUCUAACUGCCGAUUUACCACCCGAUGAGCGUCGUGUUACAAUUCUGGAAAGGAAUAAAGCAGCUGCCGUGCGGUAUCGGAAACGAAAAAAGGAAGAACAUGAUGAAAUGAUUACACGUGUUCAUUUAUUAGAACAAGAAAAAGUGGCACUCUCCACUCAGAAUCAAGUACUGCGUCGCGAACUGGAAAGAGUUACAGCUUUACUGAAAACGCGUGAAGCAUGCUGUGUUUGCCACUUGAGCGGUAUGGGGGAAUGUUUGCGGAAUGAAUCACCGCUAGAAGUAGACGUUCUUUCUCCUCAAACUCAGCCGCAUCAUGAUCUCUCCAAUUAUAUAUCACAGCAAUUGGUUACAUCAGUUAGUUCUAACAAGAAGCCGACAAAAUGA